AUGUUACAUUUUAUAACAAUGUACCAAAAGUAUUGGGCCCACCCUCCAAAUCAUGUGAUUCAGGUGUUCCAAUCCCCUCCAUGGACACAGGUGUAUACAAUCAAGCCCCUAGGCAUGCAGACUGCUUCUACAAACAUUGGUGAAAGAAUGGGUCGCUCUCAGGAGCUCAGCGACUCCAAGCGUGGUCCCGUGAUAGGUGGCCACCUGUGCAAUAAGUCCAUCUGUGACAUUUCCUGGCUACUAAAUAUUCCACGCUCAACUGUUAGUGGGAUUAUAACAAAGUGGAAGCAACUGGGAACAACAGCAACUCAGCCACCAAGUGGUAGGCCACGUCACAUGACAGGGCGGGGUCAGCGCAUGCUGAAGCACACCGUGCGCAGAAGUCGCCAACUGUCUGCAGAGUCAAUAGCUAAAGACCUCCAAACUUGGUGUGGCCUUCAGAUGAGCCCAACAACAGUGCGUAGAGAGCUUCAUGGAAUGGGUUUCCAUGGCCGAGCAGCUGCAUCUAAGCCUUCCAUCACCAAGUGCAAUGCAAAGCGUCAGAUGCUGUGGUGUAAAGCACGCCGCCACUGGACUCUAGAGCGGUACUUACCUGACUGCAUUGUGCCAAGUGUAAAGUUU